AAACAAAAUGCCAACAGAAUGUCCCAAAUUGUUUGUGAAAGUGAUGAAUAUCAUUUAAAACAUGCUAGAAAGCAUCUAAUUGAUCUUGACUCACCAGAGGAAGGGCCAUCAACCAGCCAGCCUCCUAAAAGACGAAAAACUAUUCCAGUUAUCCCUACUUCACCAACUCUCAAACGUUCAGAGCGUUUUCUUCACAACAGAAUACCAAGUUCUGGAGAUUAUGUCCCUAUUACAUUUUCAGAUGGGCGACGUCGCUAUCUCAGCGUUGAGUCAGGUUCAAACUCAACAGGUAUAUCUGUCACUCUGAAACAACACAAACGUCUUCUACCUGAAGAUCUCUGUAAUCUUAUCAAUGAAGCAGAACAACUUGGUAAAUCUCAGCGAACCAUGGAUAGUGCAGAGGGCCUUAACUUUUCUACUCAAAUUGAGAGUCAACUAUGGGUGAAGAAGUACGAACCCGCCUGUUACUUGGAUUUAAUAUCCGCUGAACACGUUAAUCGGAAACUUUUGAGUUGGCUUAAAGCCUGGGAUCUUAGCGUGUUUGGGGUAGAGUCCAAGGUGGUUCAAUCGCGUGCUUGGCAGUCUGGGGAUGCCACAAAUGAAGGUGAUCAAAAGCCUAAACAGCAACAUUAUCAACAGAGAUCGGAAGAGGAGAUUAUGAUCGCUCAGAUGGACCCCAAAGAUGGUCGUAGACCAAAUUAUCGUAUUGUCCUGAUUUCUGGCCCUCCAGGGUUAGGAAAAACCACGAUGGCACAUUUGCUUUCUCGUCAUGCUGGGUAUCAAGUUGUUGAGACAAACGCAAGAUGUAAGUCAUCGUGGGUCCCUGAUAGGCCAGUGUCGGGGAAAUCCCCCGAAAAGCUUGAUUACCAGCGUAUAUCGCCACUUUCAGAAUCAGUUGUAUUUGCUCCUUCCUAUUCUAGCGAUGAUCGCACUCCCAGCGCAAUGCGCGAACGCUUAGAAGCAGUGGUAUCGAGUCAAGCGAGUUUGAAUGCCAACGUGGGCGGAGAUGCUGGGUCUGGAGCAGCACUGAAACCAUCCUGCCUCAUAAUUGAUGAAGUGGACGGUGCUCUUCCAGCUGCAGUCGAAGUUCUUGCUGAAGCUGCUGCCACUCCCCUAAUUCAGGAGAGAAAACGUAGCAAAAAGAAGGCUCUUGUAUUGAAACGCCCUGUCAUUUGCAUCUGCAAUGAUUUGUAUGCACCAUCAAUUCGACCGCUUCGUGCACCCGGUGCUUCGUGCUAUAUUUUGCGUCUGCCGCCCAUUGAUUCCAACCGCUUGGUUGAACGUCUUGAUCAAAUAGCGAGAUUGGAGGACAUCGUGGUCGACAAGCAAUUCCUUUCAAUUCUCGCAGAGACUAGUGGAAGGGAUAUUCGAUCUUGUCUCAAUGUUCUUCAGUUUGCUAAGGUGACUCAAAUUCAUCAGAAGCGACCGCCAACAAUGGCCGAGCUGAUGGCUGGUUUGGAAGGCUCGAUGUCCAAGGAUACUCAAUAUAAUCUCUUUUCAGCCUGGCAAGCUGUCUUUACUAUUCCCGCACCUCACAUUCUCACCCGUCGAAUCAAUCAAAUUAGUAAUCCACUUCGUUCUCGUGCCCAACUUCAACAAGAGCAUCUCGUUUCAGACACUACUCUCAGUGCUAGAAUUCAAAUCACAAUGGAGGUAUGUGACUCAACAGGCGAGACGCCGAACCUGAUUUUAGGCCUGUUCGAAAAUUAUUUGAACUGCAGAAUGAAGGAUGCCAGCAUGCAAAAGGCUCGCAGUGCCUCGGAUUGGUUGGUGUACUCUGACUGCCUUUUACAACACGUCCAGUCUCAACACGACUACACCUUCAUGCGUUACGUUUCUCUCCUGCCAGCCUGGUUUCAUCUGGCCUUCGCUAGCACAACACGUCCACUUACUGAAUCUCGUUGGACUUCGGCCAAUUCGUCGUCAUUCUCGUCCGCUGUAAUUCGUUGGCCCACUGCUUACAAUGAAAAUACUGUCGCUCAAAAUAGAACCAUCAGUACACUUGAAAGCCUUAUUGAGAAUCAAUGGCGUUCAGGUGGCCCGUCAUCUGCACUCACCACUUUAAGGUUCUUAACUCAUCGGCAAUUCCUAUUGGACGCGUCGAGUUAUGUCAACAGACUUCUCUCUGUAAUGUCAGUUCAUCUUCGACCGGUGAAUACACAGCUCUAUAAUGUCCAAGAGAGAGAACAUCUUUUGCAUCUCAUCAGCAUCAUGAUCUCUCUGGGUCUUGAUUGGGUACCUCAUCAAACAUCAGACACUGGAGAACCUACCUAUCGCCUUGAACCACCCCUCGAUACUGUGGCACAGUUUUCGUCCUCAGUUAACAAAUCCCCUGAUUUGAGCAACCUCCCUUAUGCUAUAAAACAAAUGAUGGCUCGUGAAUUGGCUAUGGAGAGGGUACGAAGGGCCGAGGCUGCGAAUGCUCCACCUGUGAGGAAUGAUGAAGAGGGGGCUGGUGGCAUGUCUGCCGGAUCACUAAGGCCAACUGCUUCGAAACCACAUGUUACUGCCUAUACUGAUGGUAGAAUGAAUGUUGUGCCCACGUCAGGUUCUUUUAUGGCUUCUAGGCUUGCUCCUAAGGCCGCACCAUUGAUGGCUGCGGCUGAAAAGAAGGUUCGAAGAGACUUUUUUGGUAGACCGAUAGUUGAGAAGGAAGUCGAGUCAAAGAAAAAUCAGGAGCCUGAAGAGCACUGUCCAAUUAAUAAGACGGUAUGGUUCAAGUUUAAGGAGGGCCACUCAAAUGCUGUCAGAAGGCCAUUUUUCAUGAAGCGAUUUCUUAAAGGAAAUUAA